AUGAUUGAGCUGCCUAGGAUUACAAGGGCUCUAAGAGCUCACACCCAGCUUGAUAAACCACGGUGCCUAAAGCCAAGUGGAGAUGCACCACUAGUUAUAAACUUUAAUACUAAUGUUCCAAGAUAUAAAUCCUUCACUGAUAUCUAUGCAUAUAUUGAAAACCAUGAAUUACAAUGUAGUGAAAUAUUACCACUUUUACAAAAGUUGAAAGUAGAAUGUAAGCAGCUAACUGGAGACCAAAGCGAUAAUGUAGUAGAGGAUGCGGCUGUGUUAUCAUUACGAAUGUUUCUAGACCAAGAUAUUGUUAUGUUAAAGCACUUAUCACAGCUCCGACAGACCUUUGGAAAUGUUCUAACCGCAACUGCUAACAGAAUUUGUAAGUUGGUAUUAGAAAUUUCUACCUACCUCAAUGAAGACACUAAAGAGUAUAUAAAAAAAGAAAUGGUGGAAACUAAGCCAUAUACAAAACUCUGGGGUGAAAAUAUUCAAUGUAUCUACAUCCCUUACAAACCUUUGAAGAAAAAAUUAGCAAAACUGACAAGGAAACCUGCAACAGAAAGCUCAUUUGUUAAUGAUUUCUCAAUGAAAUACAGCAAUGAGAAUAACAAAAGUAAUUUAGAACAAGUAAAACCUCGGCAGGAACCAAAGUUUGGAAAAGUAUGGCUAGAAACAAAAGUGAGAGAACUAUAUGAAAGCUCAGGAGGCAUGACUAGUGCAGAUGUAUUACAGUCAAUUAUAACAUUACUCAACUCCCCACGAUCCAAUGACGAAAUGCAGAAUGAUUUGUUUGAGUUACUGGGUUUCGAUAAGUUUGAAUUCAUACAAGAGAUUUUAGAACAUCGUCAGGAUAUUACGGAAAGCUUGAAAGCGCCUAUACAACCUAGCGUUGCUGAAAUGGCUGCAAUGUUACCAGAAAAUAAAAUGCCACAGUAUCUCUGUCAAGUAUCGGUUAGAUCUGAGCAAGAGAAGCUGUUGGCUAAGCUUGUGCGGAAAGGAGAAAAGAAAUCCAAAACCAAAAAGGGUGAUGAUGAUGAAGAUGAACCGGAAAUUAAUGUUGCUCAACUUCGAGCUAAAAGGAUCGCAGAAUUAACGAAACCAGUGGUACCGUUUUCUUCGUCGAAAAGUAACGUGGAUCCUGUACUUCAAAAGAUAUCGUAUUUCCAAACGAAAGUGCAAUAUCCUAAUGUAUAUGACUCCUCGAUUAAUGCGAAAAAUUCAGCUGGAUUUGUCUCUGGUAUGAAACUAAUUCUCCCCGAGAAUGCAGUACGAAAAGAUCUCAAAGAGUAUGAAGAAGUGAUAAUUCCCAAGAUGGAAUCAGGGCCAUUGGAAAUCGGCAACAAGCGCGUGCCUAUAGCGGCUUUGGAUGAAGUUGGUCAAAUGGCAUUCGAGAAUAUAAAAGAACUAAACAGAAUACAGUCGGUUGUAUUUAAUACAGCUUACAAUACGAAUGAGAAUUUGUUAAUAUGCGCUCCAACUGGCGCGGGAAAAACUAAUAUUGCCUUACUCACUGUGGUACAUCAAAUUAAACAAUAUAUCGAGAAUAAUGUUAUUAUGAAGAACAAAUUUAAGAUCAUCUACAUAGCACCAAUGAAAGCUUUAGCGUCGGAAAUGACGGCGAGUUUUGGCCGAAGACUACAAGGUCUUGGUAUAUCUGUUAGGGAAUUAACGGGUGACAUGAAAUUAACUAAAACUGAAGUGCAACAGACGCAAAUGAUUGUCACUACACCUGAGAAAUGGGAUGUAGUUACACGUAAAGGAGCGACGGAUACGGAACUAGCAUCCAUUGUCAAACUGUUGAUCAUAGAUGAAGUUCACUUAUUGCACGGCGAUCGGGGUCCCAUAGUGGAAGCGAUCGUUGCACGUACAUUACGACAAGUCGAGUCUUCACAGAAUAUGAUACGAAUUGUCGGCUUAUCAGCUACUUUACCUAAUUAUUUGGAUGUUGCCAGGUUCCUCCGUGUAAACCCUAACAUUGGCCUGUUUUACUUCGAUUCACGUUUCCGUCCUGUGCCCUUGGAACAGCAAUUUAUUGGCGUGAAAGAUGUUGGUAGUGGAGGUGGUUCACACUUACGACAGAUCCAGCAAAUGAAUGAAAUUUGCUACGAAAAAGCAGUAGACAUGGUUCAAAAGGGUCACCAGGUGAUGGUCUUCGUUCACGCGCGUAAUGCGACUCAUCAGACCGCAAUGGUUUUGAAGGAGCUAGCGCAAAAGAAGGGUCAUUUGAAGCACUUUGAACCAGAGGAUUCUGGUGGUUUUCUUAAAGCUAAAAAAUCUAUCGGCAGCAGUCCCAAUAAGCAGCUAGCUGAGCUAUUUGCUUUUGGGUUCGCUUGCCAUCAUGCUGGAAUGCUAAGAAGUGAUAGGAAUAUGGUUGAGAAAUACUUUUCCGAUGGUUACAUAAAAGUAUUAGUUUGUACAUCGACGUUAGCUUGGGGAGUUAAUUUACCAGCACACGCGGUUGUUAUAAGGGGUACUGAGAUCUACGACCAAAGUCAUGGUACAUUUGUGGAUUUAAGUAUCUUAGAUGUCCUUCAAAUAUUCGGUCGUGCAGGUCGUCCGCAAUUCGAUACUUCUGGAACGGGCAUUAUUAUUACAACUCACGAUAAACUAUCGCAUUACCUCAAAUCUAUGACCAAUCAAUUUCCUAUUGAGAGUAACUUUAUUAAUUUGUUGGCUGAUAAUUUGAAUGCUGAGGUUGCUCUGGGAACAGUGACGAAUAUUGAUGAAGCAGUGGAAUGGCUCAGCUACACUUAUCUGUUCGUUCGUAUGAGGAUUAAUCCACAGGUUUACGGUCUAACAUAUAGCGACGUACAAGAAGAACCAAUGUUAGAGACAAAACGUCGACAGCUCAUAACAAGCGCCGCCAUGCAACUCGAUAAGACUCAAAUGUUAAGGUAUAACGAACGAACUGGAGAUUUAAAUGUUACAGAUCUAGGCAGAACAGCAAGUCACUACUACAUAACCUGUGAGACUAUGGAUGUUUUCAACUCUAUGGUUCGCAAGUCUAUGACUCAGGGAUACGUACUGGAAAUGCUGACCAGAUGUUCAGAUUUCCAACAAUUAAAAGUGCGAAAAGAAGAGCUAUCAGAGCUAUGGGAACUUAAGGAUCGAUACUGUGAGCUAAGGAUAGAAGAUGCGCCGGAGGACAUACAUUGGAAAAUCAAUAUACUAUUACAGACUUUUCUCUCUAAAGGACGCGUUAAUCAAUCUUCUUUGCAGUCUGAUUUGAACUAUAUUAGUCAGAACGCAGUACGUAUAGUCCGCGCACUUUUUGAGAUAACACUACGCAAAAACAACGCAUACAUGGCCAGUUUGUACUUGAAAAUGGCGAAAAUGAUGGAGCUCCAACAAUGGGACUUCUAUAGCGAUAUGAGACAGUUUAACUGUUUUCCCAUAGAAAUUAUGAAACACUUAGAAUACCCUAUGUUGAAACCGGAUCAGAUAAGGGACAUGGAUUGGAAGGAAGUGGGUGACCUUGUAAGAAACCCUAAAGCGGCGCGUCACGUAAAGAAAUGCGCUGAUGAAUUUCCUCUAUUAGAAAUGGAGGCAUCGCUACACCCCAUUACAAGAACAGUCUUACGAAUCCGACUUACAAUAACACCAAAUUUCAAAUGGAACGACAAAUACCACGGCAAGGCACCUGAAGCAUUUUGGAUAUGGGUGGAAGAUCCGGAAUCAGACAUUAUGUACUACCACGAGUACUUUUUAAUUACUAAGAAACAGGUUAUAACAAAUGAACCGCAAGAGUUGAUUAUAACGAUACCGAUAUCUGAGCCAUUACCACCGCAAUACUACAUACGAGCUACUUCCGAAAGAUGGUUAGGAUCAGAAAGUGUUCUACCUCUUACGUUCCAACAUCUGAUUUUACCUGAAACACACCCGCCACAUACAGACCUAUUGGAACUGCAACCGUUACCAGUUACAGCGCUCAAUAAACCGUCAUACGAAAUGCUUUACAAUUUUUCACAUUUCAAUCCGAUACAAACUCAAAUAUUUCACUGCCUGUACCACACGGAUAAUAAUGUGUUAUUGGGCGCACCGACGGGUUCAGGAAAGACAAUUGUGGCUGAAAUAGCUAUGUUUAGGGUUUUUAAUCAAUAUCCUGGUUGUAAGGUCGUAUAUAUCGCACCACUGAAAGCACUCGUCAAAGAAAGAAUUAAGGAUUGGAAAGUGAGACUCGAGGAGAGACUCGGGAAGAAAGUAGUGGAGUUGACAGGUGACGUAUCACCCGACAUUCGAGCCAUAAAAAAUUCUCAAGUGAUAGUAACAACGCCUGAAAAAUGGGAUGGUAUAAGUCGUUCGUGGCAGACGAGAAAUUACGUACAGGACGUUGCUUUGAUAGUUAUAGAUGAGAUACAUCUAUUGGGUGAAGAUAGGGGGCCGGUACUCGAGGUUAUUGUGUCAAGAACCAAUUUCAUUGAAUCGCAUACAUCACGGCGUCUGCGCAUAAUUGGCCUGUCAACAGCUCUAGCUAACGCUAAAGAUUUAGCAAACUGGUUGAACAUAGGCGAAAUGGGACUUUACAACUUUAGACCCUCCGUGCGACCUGUGCCUUUGGAAGUACACAUAUCAGGUCACCCAGGACGUCACUACUGUCCGCGUAUGAUGACAAUGAAUAAACCUACGUUUCAAGCCAUACGUACGCAUUCGCCGUGCGCGCCUUCACUUGUCUUCGUAUCUAGUAGGCGACAGACUAGAUUAACGGCACUAGACCUUAUAGCAUAUUUGGCAGCUGAGGAGAAUCCUAAACAGUGGCUUCACAUGCAAGAGAUGGAGAUGGAAUUAAUCCUGUCAAAUAUACGGGAAUCGAACCUUAAACUCACCCUGGCUUUUGGGAUUGGAAUACAUCAUGCUGGUCUACAUGAAAAGGAUAGAACUACGGUGGAGGAAUUGUUUAUUAACCAGAAGAUUCAGGUGUUAAUAUGUACCGCGACACUCGCUUGGGGAGUGAACUUCCCAGCUCAUUUAGUAGUGAUAAAGGGCACGGAGUAUUUCGACGGGAAACAAAAAAGAUAUGUCGAUAUGCCCAUUACUGAUGUUCUGCAAAUGAUGGGUAGAGCUGGAAGACCGCAAUACGACAAUGAAGGUGUGGCUGUAGUAUUGGUGCACGAUCAAAAGAAGAAUUUCUACAAGAAGUUUCUAUACGAACCGUUCCCCGUCGAAUCUAGCUUACUUCAAGUAUUGGCUGACCAUUUGAAUGCUGAAAUUGUUGCAGGUACAGUGCAAACAAAACAGGAUAUAUUAGAUUAUUUAACCUGGACGUAUUUCUUCCGGAGGUUACUUAAAAACCCGUCGUACUACAACUUAGAGAGUAUUGAGCCUCAAGAUGUCAACUACUAUUUGUCAAGUUUGGUACAAACAUCGCUCGAUGCAUUAACCAACGCCGGUUGUGUGGAAAUUGAAGAGGAUCAGCGCACAGUCCAAUCUACAUGGAUGGGUAGGAUAGCAUCCUACUACUACCUGUCACACAAGACAAUGGCGCAUUUCACUGAAAAUCUGCAAAGUAAUCUCGAUUUAGAUGCAUUAUUACGUGUUCUGUCGGACAGUCACGAAUAUGCUACUCUACCUGUAAGACAUAACGAGGAUGUUUUAAAUGGUGAAUUAUCCCAACUCUGCCGUCUGCCUGUAGACCCACUCACUCUAGACUCCUCUCAUGUAAAAGCCUUUUUGCUGCUCCAAGCGCACUUGACCAGAAUACAAUUACCCAACACCGAUUACUUAACAGAUACUAAAUCUGUUCUAGACCAAACUAUCAGGAUUAUUCAGGCCAUGAUUGACACCUCAGCUGAAAACGGAUGGUUAUAUGUCUGUCUGUCUUGCCAAAUAUUAAUGCAGUGCAUAAUCCAAGCCCGCUGGCCAUCCGACUCACCCUUGACCACUUUACCUCACAUAGAGUCGCAGCAUCUUUAUAUAUUCUCUAGUAUGGCCAAAGACACAAAUAAACCGUGUACAAUAUUAAAUGGUCUAAAAGUCGCUUGUAUGCGGAACUAUGAACUACUAGCAAAGUAUUUGAGACGCGAGUUCGAGGAGAAUCAAAUUGAUCAGAUUUAUAAGGUUAUUUGUGACCUACCCACAUUGGACGUGAAAAUAAGUAUACGAGGAAUAUGGUUUGACAGCGACUGUGAACAUGAUAAAAAGAUUCAUACGCCACAACAUAAGGACCAGUGGAUGCCGAUUCAUGCUGAUCAGGAAUACACUAUAGUACUGGAGAUGCAACGUAGAGGAGGCAAUGUGAAUACGGUGAUAUGCCCCCGAUUCCCCCGUUCCAAAAACGAAGGCUGGUUUGUCACACUUGGUUCGUUGGAAUAUGGAGAAUUGCAUGCCUUGAAGCGAGUUUCGGCUAGAGGAAAUUCCCUCCUCACAUUCUAUACGCCAAAUUAUACAGGUCGCCUUAUUUAUACAUUGUAUAUUAUGAGUGACAGCUACUUGGGAUUGGAUCAACAGUACGACCUUCAAUUUGAAAUUAUUGAUCCCUUACCCCCUGAAACUGUGGAAAAAGUUUAUGAACCUGAAAAAGUUAUAAUUGAGUAA